AUGAAACGCAAGAGAUCUUCUCUCAAAAUUCCCCAACAAAUUGUUUCAACUGAUUUAUAUUUAGAUGAUGAUUGUUGGGAAUAUAUUUUCAAAUUUAUCUUCAAUGAGGAUGAAGACGACAAUCGUUACUAUUUCAAAUCUCUUUCUAUUGUCAACAAGCAAUUUCUCUCCAUUACAAACCGUCUACGCCACUCUCUCACUGUCUGGAAUCCAACCUGCUGUUUACUCUCUCGUCUCUUUCCAAGGUUCAUCAAUCUUAUCUCCCUCGACCUCUCCUGCUAUUACGGUAACAUCAACAACCUUCUCGUCCAAAUCUCUCGUUACCCAUUGAAACUCACUUCGCUCAAUCUCUCCAACCAACCUAACAUUCCAUCACGCGGCUUGAGAGCUUUCUCCCGAAAUAUUACAACCCUAACCUCUCUCAUUUGUUCUAACAUUGCUUCUCUCACUGUUGCCGACUUGCUUCUUAUCUCUCAUUGCUUUCCUAUCCUUCAAGAACUUGACCUCAGUAACAGUAUCAAUUUUACACUAAAUGCUGAUGUGCCAAUGGUGUUUCCCAAGCUGCGCAAAGUUAAUCUCUAUGGUCGUAUCAUUACAUAUAUUACCGACGAAUGGCUUUUACAUUUUUUUAAGAAUUCUGAAUUUCUUCAACAUGUUGUCAUGAUGAAUUCUUCACUAUUAACUCAUCAGGGCAUUGCUUCUGCCAUCCGUGAGAGACCAACUUUGAAGUCUCUAGCAAUUAGUUGUGUGUCAAUCAAUGACAACAUUACUUCAUCCUUUACUGACUCCUUCAUGACUUUGAAGGACUUAACUUGUCUUGAUUUGUCUUAUUUGCGUAUCUCGGAUGAGUUGCUAUUUGCAAUGAUAGGUCUUCCUUUGAAAAAGCUUGUCCUCCACGCGUGCAAGGGAUAUAGUUAUGCUGGAAUCUUUUGUUUGUUAUCCAAGUAUCAACAUAUACAACAUUUAGAUCUUCGAUAUUCUGAAUUUUUGAAUGACCAACAUGUUAUGAGGUUGUCUUUGUUUUUUGGUCAUUUAGUGUCUAUAAACCUUAGCUAUUGUAGCAUGCUCGCAGAACCAGCCUUGUUUUCACUUGUUAGGAACAGCCCUUUACUCACGGAGGUCAAAAUGGAAAACACAAGUAUUGGGAGAGAGCAUGUAAUAAAUUCUAAUUCUUUCGAGGAUUUUGUUGUAAGCCAUUCAUUAAAGUCUCUCCAUUUGGCCUACAACUACUGGCUAAGAGAUGAAAGCAUCAAAAUGUUUGCUUCCGCUUUCCCCAAUUUGGAGGUGCUUGUUUUAAGAAGAUGUUGCAAGAUUAGAGAUUUGAGCUUAUAUGGCUGUUCUGGAGUAAAGUUGCAUGGAAUGAACUUCGAAGUUCCUAAAUUGAAGGUGUUGGACUUGUCAUGUACAAGUGUUGACGAUGAAGCACUUUAUGUGAUCUCAAAGAGUUGUUCUGGGCUUUUGCAACUAGUACUAAGAAGUUGUAAUUAUGUUACAAAGGAGGGAAUUAAGCAUGUGGUAAAGAAUUGCACGCAGCUCAGGGAGAUCAAUUUGAUGUGUUGUUAUAAAUUGCUUCCUAAUAUUGUUGAUGAGAUGAUAUUUUCAAGGCCAUCAUUGAGAAAGAUAACUGCUUCACCUUCCAAAACAUUCAGUUUCAAAAAGUUCAGUGACGAAAAGAAGAAACUCUUCUCUCGUUAUGGAUGUCGUCUCAUGUGCUAG